CUCCACCGCAGGUCGGCUAAAGGAUGCGGCGGUGAUGAGGGAUGACAGCUGAGCAGGAGUGGUCCCCAUCGUGGCCCAACGGUGAGGUCAUCCAUCGGUUGGAGUCUCCUCUAGGGCUGACGCCCUGGGCCGCCGAGACCCCAGAUUUGAAGGCCAACUGAUAAAUACAUUGCUGGGGCCCGCCCGGUGUCUGUUCUUUCUUUUGUUUCUUUCUCAUUCAGAUACCCGCCCACUUCCGGUCAUACCAUACCAUCGCUUUUAACCAUACCAUACCACAACUACAACACAUCCACAUCCACAUCCACAUCCACAUCCACAUUUAAAUCCACACUUCAUCAUGUUCGGCUGGUUCAAGUCUUCCAACCAGGAGUCCGCUCCCGUCCAGAACACCUGGAACCCCAACACCUUGACCAUGCAGCAGCCCUCGGCUCCGGAGGCUCCUGUCACCGAGCAGGUCGUUACCGGUCAACCCGGUCAGCAGGAAACCAUGCAAAUGAACCUUCGUGGUGGUGGUGAGGGUGAGGAUGUCUGCUGUGGCGUUUGCGCCGGUCUCUGCUGCUUCGAGUGCUGCGAAUGCUGCUGCUAGACAGACAUUCAAUAGAUCACGACCUGCGAUUGACG